AUGCACAACGACCGGAUAAAGACGGUCUUGUCGGCCUUGGCCGUCACGGCAGCAUCGGCUAUGGUGUCGCCCGGCCCUUUGACUAAGCUGGUCAGCGUGUUCGCAGGCACGGCGCAAAACAGCGACCCUGGCAAUGUAUUCGCGGGGGCGUCGGUCCCAUUCGGCAUGGCCAAGGUUACCAUCAACGUGGACGGCUAUGCACCAGCUGGGUACGUAUCCGAGUCCAAGGAGAUGAUCAAGGGCAUGUCUCCGCUUCACGACUCGGGCACUGGAAGCGCGGACGGCAGCUACGGGCAGUUCAGCAUCAUGCCGGUCGUCUGCGGGCGCUUCGACUCUUGUCCGACCAUCGAGGGGAAGCGAGGACUGCGGCGGGACGGCGACGGCGCCAAGGACCAGGGGUUUCCCGGCUACUUCAGCACGCCCCUUUCGAACGGGGUUCUGAUGGAGGCGGCAUCCACCAGUGCGGCCUCGCUGGAGCGCUACACCUUCCCUGGCGGCGUGCAGCCGACGCUGGUUCUCGACUGGACCACGGACGGCGCGCACUCGUUCAACUACGGCCAGAUGCACGCCGACUGGCCGGCGCAGAGGAUCCUCAUGAACGGCACGUGGCUCAGCAGCUUCGGGCCCAGCGUGUUCCGGUACGCGGCGUUUCAGUGCGUCGACCUCUCGGCCUCGGGCAAGGUGACGGAGCACGCGUUUUGGGGCGCCAACCCAGAAGGUUGGGACGCCCGGCGGAACGACAGCGACUCGUGGGAUUUUGGGGGGAGGGCGGAGCGUCGGCGGAACGCGGCCCUCACGCAGCCGACAAACGCCGGCGCCAUCGUGCGCUUUGGAAACAGCACCGGCACCAUCGUGGUGCGUCGGGGCGUGUCCUUCGUCUCGGCCGAGAAGGCGUGCCGAAACAUGGACCAACAAAUCCCGUCGCCCCACGACUUUGACAAGGUCGUGGGCGACAGCAACGCGCUCUGGGAGGCCAAGCUGCGGCGCAUCGAGCUCGCCGACGGCACGCCCGACUACAUCCGACAGCUCUUCUACACGAACCUGUACCGCACGUUCCUGUCGCCCAACAACGCGACGGGCGACGCGCCGCCGCCGUACACCGAGUCGGCACACCCCUACUUUGACGGCCUCUACUGCAGCUGGGACACGUUCCGGACGCUGUUCCCGCUCAUGGCGCUGACGUCGCCGCGCGAGAUGGCGCAGAUCACCGACUCGUACGUCGACGGCUUCAGGCGCGAGGGCUGGCUGCCCGAGUGCCGCGCCAACAACGUCAAGGGCUGGGUGCAGGGCGCCAACAACGGCGUGCCCAUCGUGGCCGACUUCGUCGUCAAGUACGCCGGGCGCGCGGGCGAGCUGGGCGUCGACAUGGACGACUACUGGGCCGCGCUGGAGCACGACGUCGGCGCCACGCCGCCCAACUGGGACUACGAGGGCCGCAACAACGAGGCCUACAACAGGCUCGGCUACAUCCCCUACGGGUUCCUCGAGAGCACGGCGGUCGGCCAGCACACGCGCGAGUUCAGCCGCGGGCUCGAGUACUCGUUUGGCGACUUCACGGCGGCCAUGGCGGCGCAGGCGCUAGGCAAGCCGGCCGACGUGUGGCGGCCGCUGCUGGACCGCAGCCUCAAGUACGGCACCAACUACAACAUGCAGCUCGAGUCGGACGGGUACAGGGGGUUCGUGGCCCGGCGCUUCCCCAACGGCACCUUCCCGCCGUCCGACCCGGUCGACUGCUCGCCGCUCGACAGGAACACCACGCGGCCCUGCAGCCUGCAGGCCACCAACGUCUACGGCGGCCACGAGAGCUCGUCGUGGGAGUACAGCUUCUACGCGCCGCACGACGGCGCCGGCCUCGUCAAGCUGUUGGGCGGCAACGACACCUUCGCCGCCCGCCUGCGCCACUUCUUCCAGAGGGGCUACAACGUCGUGGGCAACGAGCCCAGCUUCCAGACCCCGUCGCUCUACCACCACGUCGGCCUGCCGGGGAGCUCGGUGCGGGAGUCGCGCCGCAUCGUGCUCGACAACUUCAACCUGACCAGGGGAGGGUCGCCGGGCAACGACGACAACGCCGCCAUGUCGAGCCUCGUGGUCUGGUACAUGCUCGGCUUCUACCCCGUGCCGGGCUCGGCCGAGAUGCUGAUCCUGUCGCCGUUCCUGCCGGGCUACACGGUCCACAACGAGCUGCUGGGCGACGUGCACGUCACCGUGACGGGGUACGACGCCGCCACCGUCGCGAGCAGCAAGCUCCCAGUCGGCGGGAGAGCUUUCGUUGAGGAUCUCAAGCUGGACGGCAGGUCGAUGGGUCGGUGUCGGAUCAACUUUGACCAGUUCUUCUCUGCGAAGCGGGUCGAGUUUGUCAUGACGGCAGAGGAGAAAAGGGGCUGUAACGGACAGGAGCCCAGCAGCGCGAGUCCCGGGGGGUUUCCGGUGGCGUGGAGGACAUGA